UGUCCCAUCACGGGGUGGCCAUCUGCGCCUCAGCCCGCACUCGUUGUGCUUCCCAACAUUUCCAUGAGUGCCACCCACUUCUGUAUAUAGACGCACAAUUUGGCGCACUCCUUGCAACCCUGCACAUAUCUAGCAAAAUACCAAGCUCUACGGAUAAACCCGACUACGAUCACCAAUUCAAACCCCCCCACCAACCAUGGCCGAACCACACUCUUGCGAGUCCGACUACGACGACUCCGCCGAUGAAGCCAUCACCAUAACGCUCACCCACCGCAACACACCACACACCUUCAAGUAUCCUCCGGAUGGAACAAUCACCCACCUCUCCGAAGAUGUCGAAGACACCCUCUUGAUCCCCGCCUCAAACCAAAAGUUCAUCGUUCCGAAACUCGGCCUCCUCAAACCCCCCUUCAAAGACCCCGACAUGUCCCUCGUCGACCUACAAAACAAAAAGAUUAUGCUCAUGGGCGUCGAGGCAAAGGAGGUCGCCUCCCUUCAAGCCGCAUCCGAGUUCGCCGCGAAACGAAACGCUGCCCGCAGCGCCGCCCGCAGACAGAACCGGCCCUCGAGGAGGCGAGACCAGGGCCGCGCGCAGGCGGACAGCACCUAUACUUUCCUCUCCGUCCGACCGCUAGCAGGCCUCCCGCGUCCAGAGAGAUCUCUGGCGCUUCUCGAGAAGCUGAAAGAGGACCCGGGCAUCCGCGCCUCCAUGCGCAAGCACAAGUUCAGCGUCGGCCUCUUGACGGAGAUGGAACCCCUAUCCAACACGCAGUCCAACCACGAGGGGACGACUCGACUCCUCGGCCUGAAUCGCAAUAAUGGAGAAGCGAUCGAACUGCGGCUGAGGACGGAUGCGCACGACGGCUAUAGAGACUACAAGACCAUUCGCAAGACGUUGUGCCAUGAGCUGGCGCAUAACGUACACAGCGACCACGACCGCAACUUUUGGGACUUGUGCCAUCAGAUCGAGCGCGAGGUCGACGCGGCGGACUGGAAGCAUGGCGGACACACGGUCGGAGAGGGGUCUUCGUACUAUGCGCCGGGACAAGACGAGGAGGAGGACGUCGAGGACCACGGUGGUUGGGAAGGCGGCGAUUUCGUCGUGGGAGGGAGCGGUGGUGGCAACGCUGGCUUGAGCCGACGAGAGAUCCUGGCCAAGGCUGCAGAGGAGAGAGCCAAAAAGAUGAACAUGGAGAGGAGGGACGGAGGAAAGCCUGACUCUGGCCCGUCGUCGUAGAGGUUCUGCAUGGUUCCCGGGGCAGCAUUGAAGCGUUCGUAUGGUGUUACUGUUACUCUGCUUUCUGGAUUUAGCAUUGCGCAGGCGUUGCGGUGGCUUGGAUAUGGGACAUUAACUGACCUCGCUGGUCACGGAGUAGUUAGUCAUCUCAAUCACGA